AUGGAUUACCAUAGCCCGGGCAGCCCAGGAACGGGCGGCUCGAACCCAGAUCUUACAGAUCUGUCUCGACGACUGCCGUCAAUGCAACAGGCACAGCAGGCAACAGAGUAUGGUAGCGAAGAUGAUCCAACUUUACGAUCUCGCCCCAACACCGAUCAAAGAACACCUGCGUCCAUCCAGUGUUGUUGUGGUAAAGAAAACUGUAAAAAUUUCGCAAUGUUUCUCAAGUGCACUGGGUCCAUGGAAGAUGAGUUGAGAUUGGCUGCCGAAGUUGGGCAAGCCUUGUUACAGAAACAUGAAAUAUACCAAAAAGAAGUGGAAGAGUUACAAAGAUCACUAAAUGAUCAGACCGAACAGUGCACACAUGCCGAACAGAAAGUCCAAGAGUACGAAAAUAUGGUGCGCGGUCUUGAAGAAUCAUUGCGUGUUUUAACAUUGGAAAGAGAUGAAGCACUAAAACAGAAAAAAAUUGAUGCGUUCACCGAGGCCAUCGACUCGCGUGACAAUAGAAUCUUGGAAUUGACGAGGGAACUUGAAAGGAGUGAAAGCGACAUCAAACGCUUGACGGCAAGUAACCUCAAAGGAGAGAAAAGUGAAGAAAGGGAGGAAAUACUUGGUAGACAAUUGGAGGAUUUAAAGCAAGAACUUGCGAUUGCAAGAAAAUCUGAACAUGCUGCUGAAUUGAAUGUAAAGAAAUUAAAGGAAAAUUUAAAAUUAGAACAGAUAGAGAUCCAAAAGUCAAAAGUAAAAUUGGAAGCAGUUGCCAUGCUUCGCGAGAUGCCCGAACGGAGGGAGAUUUACUCUUCGACGAACAAUGAAGCAAAUUCCCAUCUCAUCAAUCUCAUCAAAGAACUUUCAUCUGCCAACAAUAAACUAAAAUUGGAAAUCGGCGAAUAUCGCGAUCUCCUUUUCGAAUCUCGUAACGAGGUGAGUGCCUUGCAAGCUCGCAUUGAGGACAUGGAAACCGCGAGUGCGACAGGCUAUCCAUAUCAAGCUAGUUAUACGUCGGGCUCUUUUGCAUCCCCUUUCAACCGAAACUUCCCGCCACAUGUGCUCGAUGAUGCGGCAAGCGUAGGCGAAAGUGCAUCGCAUACUGGCUGUUAUACGGAAGAGGCUGCUGAUGGAUCCAAUAUCUUACCAGGUAUUGGCGAUCGACCAAUUCAUCCUCAUAUGUCCCCCAGUGUUCUGUCAUCUUCAUUUGGCCCUGGUUCAUAUAAUACAUUUAAUAGUAUGGGCGUGGAUGCUUCUACCCACUCUCCUGCAGGAUCAGUUGUCUCAUCUUCCGUAUUAUCCAAGCUGGAGAAAUAUCUUAUGAAAAAGACCAAACAUAAAGGAAGUGGGCGAAUUAGGCAUAGCAGUCUGAAAAAGGGCAAAAAAAUGUUCGUUGAGAUAAGUGAAGAGGACGAAGAGCAGAUCAAACCAGAUGAUGCUCAAUCAGAUACUGCAAUCAGGAGACAUGAAAAAUCAGAUGAUUAUUCUGAUUGCUAUCAGAGUUAUAGCGGAGAGUCUGAGGGUGAUGAAAACCCGACAUCAGAAAAGAAUGAAAGUCACAAGUCGGAUAUCAUGGCCGUCAAGAUCGAAGAGAAGGAUACAGCAGAGGUCACCGAUGAUAAAGAUAAGGGGGACAAUAGGCAAGGUGCGAAGAAAAAGGCGCGAUCAUUUUCUCAGCCUGCCAUUAGUUUGACGGCGCAAAAACAAGCACAUGGUGUUUCCUUAUUAUCUGCUGGUCUCAAGAGAUCCGUCACUGAUAAAUCGGAUGUGGAAGAUAAGGUUCAAGAUGAUGAAAACAAAACCGUCCAGGCAAGGAAGCCCUUGGGCAAAAAGGGAACCGAAUUGAAACUUGCCUCUCGCCGAAGUCACCCUCCAUUAAUUCUCUCGAAACGACCGAGCACCUCCAAGCUAUCCGUCGUUGCAUCAACUAGUAAACAGCACAGGCCAUCGCAACCUUCACCAUUAGCCGUUCAUCAUGCCGCGUCGGCUGCUGAGAGUUCUCUGUCGGUCAAGGUCUCCCAGUCUUCUGGUAAUUCACCGAUGGUUACUUCAAAAUCGAAGGUUAUCUCUUCGGAAAAACCACUAAUACCCGCAUUCAAGAAUCCUAAAUUUGCCACCCUUGGGCCAAAAGAACGUAAACAAAUGAUGGAAGCUUGGCGUGCCGAUGUCGCAAAGGAGCAGCAGAAAAAGAAUGGUCAGAUUGAAGGCAAUGAAGCUGGAACUCGUGCAUCCGCCGUUGAUAAUUCCAAUGGUGUUUCUGUCAAAGGUAAAAAUAGAAAGUCUGAUUCGCCGAUAAAAGCAUUUGUUGAAGAGGUAUUGGUUGAUGAAGCGAAUCUUUCUGCUGCAGAAGCUGCUGCACUAGCCGAUGAAGUUGAGCAUGGAUUAUCUUCUGCUGGAGCAAGAUCUGUACGCUCUCGUCGCACUUCAACGGCCACUCGUCAUACAUCCCUUCAUGUUCCACCAAUCACCAUAUCCAUCGAAGAACCUAAAGAUUUGUGUAAAUCCGAACCAUCACCACAACAAAACCCAUAUCAAUCGCUCUAUAACCUUGCCAGUCAUAUCAUGGAUCGUAUGAAGGGCACUGAUCUAUUGGCACUAAAUCGCAGAUUAAAAAGGGCAUUCGACAUUUUGGAGUUAACCGAUUUGAGUAAUAAUUUGAUUGAGAGUAUUUUGAACGAUGUUGAAAUCUUCAGAGAUCGAUUCCGAUGGGUAGAGGAUCUUCGUAACAAUGAAGAGAUAAAACCGAACGACAAAGAUAUUUCCGAUGAUAAUUCAAAUCAAAAGGACCUUUACUCUUUUUCACCAGAAAACUUCUUGCCAUUGGUCCACCUGUUACAAGAUCUUUUGUCGGAAAUUGGCAAGUUACGUAUGAUGGUUAAUGACUUGCAAGUCUCUUAUGUACAAAAGGUAGAAGAGAGCCGACGAAAAUCGGAAGAAGAAUUUGAUAAAAGUAUGAUGAGCGGGAAGAAUGAUGGUGAAAUGGUGGAGAGAAGGGAUAGAAGUGGACGAGUUCAAAGUAGUGAUGGUGGAAUUGGGGCUUACCUCAGUAGAGUUUUUGGUGUCAAGGAAGUUCAAUCUCCUCCUUCAAGCACUCGCCACCACAGUCGAAGGUUAUCCGUCGACUUCUCGCAUGAUCGUGAUGUUUCUGUUGCCAGCAUCGAUACCUUCGCCGAAGACUAUUAUACCGACCGCAAUAUAGAGGUGUUUACAAGUACGCCUAAUGCACUGAGGGCUUCAAAGAGGGAGAACAAUGAGACAACCGUAUCAUUUCUAAGGCAGCAGGUGGUUUCGCUGUUUGGCGGUGGUGGAAAUAAUUCAUUUGCGAGUAAUGAGGCGGCGGAGAAAUCGGGUAACAUGAUAGAAGCAUCAGGCGCGAGGAAGAAAUACGCGACUUUGCCAAUCGGCCACUCAGGCGGUGAAUCGCGACAAACGCGUCGCGUCGCUAGUCUUGACAGUGGCGGUAUACUGCACAACAGUCGACAAACCCUUGUUGCCGAGAGGAAAAAUAAUGCCUCUUCGCCAGAAGAGAAUAUCAACGUUCAGGAUAUUAACGAUUAUUUGGGUGACUUUCUCCAAACAUCUCAACCAACUUAUGACCCUGCCACAACUGAAAACAUCGGCAAGGAAAAUUCGAGAAUUCGGCGCAUUCAAAAUACUUCCCCGUCACCAACGAUUUCAUCGAAACUAGGAGAUUUCGUAAAUUCGCUUCGCGAAAUUUUUGAUGAUCCAAUUGGUACCUUAAGAAAAAUUGGAACAAAACCUCCUGCAAAAAAAGUCGAAGAUAUUCUACAUGAUGAUCAUGACAAAGUUGAUCUGGAGACCAAGCGGCAGCGCAUUCUCAAUAAGAAGGAUAUUAAAGAUAUGGGUCAAGUGUUUCUGGACCGGAAGAAAGAGAUUUAUGAUGCUUCUUUAAUCAAUUGUGCGGAACUUCAUUCGGAGUUAACUGAUUGUUUUAGGAAGGGAUCUCUCAGAGACAGACUCACAUUUUGUCACGGCGCAAGGGACAAAUUUUGGAAUUGCAUGGAGCAACAAAAGAAAUUGUUGUAUGAAAUGGGAUACAAAACGCAUAACAAGACCGACAAUGAGAAUGAAGAAAUUUUAAGUCAAGCCGAUAUUCGUUUCCAACAAGAAUUCGCAAAGGGCUAA